AUGACAUUGGUAAAUGUCCCAGUUUAUUUACAUUCUUCAUUAAAACAUGGCAUUUUGUAUGAGUUCCAAUUAGGGAACAAUGCAAGCGCUGUUGCCCGCAAUAUAUGCGCUGCACUUGGCGAAGGUGCUGUUGUUGAUCGAACGUGUCGAGAUUGGUUUAAACGAUUUCGUGAAGGUGACAUGUCAUUAUAAGAUCGUCCGAAAUCUGGACGUCCUCUCGAAUCUGAUAUUGAACGAUUAAAGGUCCUGAUCGAAG